AUGCUCCAUUCGCGGGCGUACGCACAGGAGAAUGCGCCGUACGGCGCAUCGCCGACCCGCACGCCGGGCCUCGCGCGGCGCCAAGGCCUAGAGAAGCAGACUCAGAGCACGUCGCCAUUUAAAAAGGAGGGCAAGGCGACCUCGUCGCGCAUCGGGCGCGCAGCCUUUUCCGACAAGACGAACCAGUCGCCGUCGCCCGCACGCCACGCCGCGUCGCCGAGCAAGCUCGGAAGCCCGUCCAAGAAGGCACCGCAGACGGUGCGCAGGCCGUUUGUGCGCAGCGACAGCUUUGUCACGCCCGCCGCCAACAUCGGCCGCGCCGGCCAGAUCAAGGCGCGCCUCGGCGAAAUGCAUGACGCACAGGUCGAACAAGAUACCCAGAUCGAGGCGCCAACAGCGCUCAUGUCGGAGGAGGAAAUGUACCCAGAGAUUGAGACGAUGCCGCAGGGGCCAAGCGCACCGUACGUCUUUCCCCCGGAACUCGACGGGAUGCCGAGCGCAAAGGAAAUCGGCCAGAUGCUCGCGUCGGUCGCUUGGCCCUCGGACAGCACGCCGCUCCCGGUCCUCGACACAGUCGACGUGCCGCCGCUCCCGGCGCUCGAUACGGCGCAAGCGGGCGAAAAACGCGCGCCACGCCCGGCACCGGGCCGCCGCGUGCGCGCCGACAAACUUGCCUCGCAGGCCGAGGCGUACCUGCGUGACGCGCCGCGCGAUGUAGGGUUUGAGCUGUAG